AUGAUGCGCCUCAUCGGCUUCAUCCUCCCCCUGGCCACAACCACCAGCCAAGCCUUUGCAGCUCCUGCACACGGCCCCCGUGUCGACCUCGGCUAUGCCGUCUACGAAGGCCUCUACAACGCCACCCUCGAUCUGAACAUCUGGAAAAGCAUCCGAUACGCCGCUCCGCCAGUCGGAACUCUGCGAUGGCAAGCCCCCCAAGAACCCCCCAAAGCCACGACCCCAGACCGCCUCGUCGCAGCGGUAGAUCAACCCCCCUGGUGUCCGCAGUCGGGAGCGUACGGCGUGCCUCCAGUCUACGGCUUCAACUCAGCCCUUGGCGACGAAGACUGUCUCUUUCUCAACGUCUACGCGCCGCCUCACGCCGAGAACCUGCCCGUCUUCGUCUGGAUCCACGGCGGCGGCUACUCCGUCUUCGGUGCUGCCUACGACCCCAGCGCCCUGAUCAACACCAACAACAAGACUUUCAUCACCGUCGAGAUCCAGUACCGCCUCGGCGCCUUCGGCCAGCUGGCGUCCCCCGACGUCCGGCGGCACGGCAAGCUCAACGCGGGCCUGUUGGACCAGCGCUUUGCCCUGCAGUGGGUGCACAAGCACAUCUCCCGCUUCGGCGGCGACCCGAGGCGCGUCACGAUGGGCGGAGAGUCGUCUGGCGCGGCAUCGGCCAUGUAUCAGGCGCUGGCGUAUGACGGGAGGGAACAAGGGCUGUUCAGCAGCAUCAUCUUGGCGAGCACAUACGUCCCUCCCAUCUACCCCUUUGACCACGGCGUUCCCACCGGCCACUAUGACGCCUUUGCCGAGGCUGCAGGCUGCGGAGUGGCCUCUGCCCUGAGAAACCACUCAAGCGUGUUUGACUGCCUCGUCGCCGCCGACACGACCACGCUACAGACCGCCAGCGGCCUCGUCUCGACGUCCAGGGGCUACUUUGGCAGCUUCGCCUGGCUGCCCGUCAUCGACCACGACUUUAUCCAGCACCGUCCCUCGGCACAGCUUGCCUGCGGCAAAGUCAGCGGCAAGCACCUCUUGAUCGGGACCAACGCAGACGAGGGCGUCCCCCUGACCAACCCCAACAUCACCACCAAAUCCGCCUUUGACGCCUUCGUCUCCUCCACCCUCCCUCAUCUCACCAACGCCGACAUCUCGAUCCUCAACCGCAUCUACGACACGGCCGCCGCCCAGCCCGGCAACAACGGCACCCGCUUCGACACCCCGGGCGACGACGACGACGCCGGCCCCAACGCCAACACCGUCUCGGGCAUGGCCACGGGCAUCCAGCAGACGGCCUUUAACCUCGCCGCCGAGUCCACCUUCCACUGCCCGUCACAGUGGCUCGCCGAGGCCUUUAGCAAGCCCGGCUCCGAUGGUCGCCGCGCGUGGAAGUACCAGUACUCGCUCGACCCGGCGUAUCACGGCGCGGAUCUCGGCGCGUACUUUGUCCUCGCCAAAGAGGAGGAGGAGGACGGCACCGCACCCCCAGGCCGCGGGUUCCAGCACAGCUUUCGCAAGAUCUGGGGACAAUUCAUAACGCAGCAGAACCCAGUCAUUUCCGUGAGCGAUGCGAAAGCGGGCGAGGCGAACGCCACGGUGCCCGUUGACGGGAGUCGUCCGGGGGAUAUUGCGUGGCCGGCUUUUAGCGCGCAGAACCAGACCUUCUUGGACCUCAACACUACGGGCGGCGAGGUCGAGCUGGUGACUGUGACGCAGGAGCUGAGCUACUACGUGCGCGGGGGGGAGGGCGUUGUGAAUUCGUUUCGGCUGGCGGAUGGGAGGAGCUGGGAGGGGGGAAGGGGGGAGAGGUGUGACUUUUGGAAGGCUGUUGCGCCGAGGGUGCCUUUUUGA